AUGGCCGAAUCUCUACCUGAAAUGCAGUAUCGUUCCCUUGGCCGGACGGGCUUGAAGGUUUCGGUUAUCUCGCUUGGUAGCUGGCUUACUUAUGGUGGACAUGUUGGAAAUGAAAUUGCGUUUGACUGCAUGAAAGCCGCGUGGGACGCCGGAGUCAACUUUUUUGACACAGCCGAGGUCUACUCCGGGGGUCAGUCUGAGAUUGUGCUCGGAGAAGCGAUCAAGAAAUUUGGAUGGAAGCAGAACGACUUAGUUAUUUCUACCAAGAUCUACUGGGGAAAAGCCAACAGCGCCAACCCCGAUAAACCGCUGAACAACAACGGCCUUUCUCGCAAGCACAUCAUUGAGGGCAUGAACCUGUCUCUCAAGCGCCUUGAUCUUCCCUACGUGGAUGUGGUAUAUGCCCACCGCCCAGACCGGGAAACCCCCAUGGAAGAAAUUGUGCGUGGUUUCAACUACUUGAUCGACAACGGCAAGGCCUUCUAUUGGGGAACGUCCGAGUGGUCUGCGAGUGAAAUCGCCGAUGCGUGGCGCAUUGCCGAUAGACUGGGUCUUAUCGGCCCUGCCGUUGAACAGCCCCAAUACAACCUUCUUGCACGUGAGCGCGUUGAGAAGGAGUACCGCUGGCUGUAUGAGGCCCACGGUCUGGGAUUGACUGUGUUUUCGCCUCUCAAGGGUGGUGUUCUUACCGGCAAGUAUAAUGAUGCUACCGCGCCUCCCCCGGGUUCUCGGCUGGCUGAGUCUGAGGAUGGAUAUGUCAAGGGCCUGCGUAAGACUGUGGGUAACGAUACCUGGGAACAACAGUUGAAGCAGACUGCUGCGCUGAAGCCUGUUGCUGAGGAGCUGGGUAUUUCUACGGCGCAGUUGGCCUUGGCUUGGAUCCUGAAAAACCCUAACAUCUCUUCUAUGAUUACUGGUGCUUCUCGUCCAGAGCAGGUCCGCGAUAAUGUGCGUGCCUUGGGUGUUGUGGAUAAAUUGACCGAUGAGAUUAUGGAGAAGAUCGAGGUAGCGGUUGGAAACCGGCCUGCUGAGGAGCAACUGAGAUUUUAG